AUGUCAGCAGAUGGUUUGGUUAAGCAAUUUGAUUUAAACGAAGAAAUAGUUAAAGAUAGAUGCACCAAGUUCAGGAAGACUGCACUCCUGAUGCAAACAGAGAACAACAACCACCAUUCAGAUGGCUACCUCAUGCCGCCCCCUUGCAGUUGGCAGUCAACUAAUCUCAGCAUCAACCAAAACGUGCUGCUUCGACAAUGCCCACUCACCCACUGGUGUUUGACGAAACGUGACUCCUUCUGUGCUUCUGUCAUCACGGUGUGUCCAUCCAUCGUUGAGCCAACCAACAUAGUACUGAUCAUCUCCAAACCAUCCCCACGCACUGCCCAAUGCUCAGAACUCCAUCUCCACAAGAUCGCGCAGGCUCUAAUCUGUUGGAGGCCUACCAGAAAUCCAUCCACUGACACAACACGUUGCAACUCCAAGCCCCACAAGGAGGACGUCCUCCACCUCCUCCUCAUUCUCUCCCACCCCUCCUUUACUUCCGCCUCUUCCUCUUCCCCAUUCUCUUUCUUUACUCGAGAAAUAUUGGCCGACAACCACACCAAGUCUAAGGUCAAUCGCGUGACUAAGACGAUCGGGAGACUCCAACUCAGGCGGUCGCCGCUACCCAGCCGCCGUGUACGCACCCACGCACUCGCCGUGAGCUCCUUUGCGCUGACUCACACACGGCGAUCGAUACAGCCACCUGUUAUGACGUCAUCACCUAUUGAUUAUCGGGCUGGAAGGCCGAUGGGCUCCAGAACACUCGCACAUUGCAAACUCCAGUUUAUAAUACCAGGAGACGAUUGUUCAAAAGCGGGCGCGACAUAUGGAAUUGUGGCAUGUCAGACACUCCGCCUGCCCGACAAUGAAAAGCACUUCGCUUUCAAGGGGCCCACUCUGAUUGGCUGA